AUUAGCUCUUAAAAAAAGCCACUUUGUGCUGGGAUUGCUGGUCUAAGAGGUCCUGGCCCUACAGAUUCAUGACAGGCACGUUCAGGAAUAGCCCCCACAGGAUAAAUUUUUAAAGCAACAAAGCAACCAACAUGAUUAGGUUGCCCAAAAGUGCAGGGAAGAAACGAGGGAAGAGGAGAAAAUAAAAGCAGAGCAGAAAUGUGAAAAUUUGGCCGAGACCAACCUCUAGAAAUCGGCACAGCAUCUGUACAGAUUUCGCUUCGGCAUCUUCCUGUUUUGUGUGUCUCACCUGAACAUUUGCACUCGAGGAAAAAUGGGGAGGACAGGCACAAGAUUGCCAGGAUUUUGCCUCAACAGGAUCAGGCCUCACGUGAGAGUCCGGUCACCUCCCAUACAAUCAAAGGCGGAUCCGAAUGCCGUCAAACCUGAUCGACAAAUGGAAAAUCCAGGUGGCGGCAGCAUUGAGGAAGAGAAGCCCAGGAACGGGGAGAAACCCGGGCAGGCGACAGGGCGGCGGAUUUUGAUCGUGGUGGAUUCGAGCAUGGAAGCGAAGGGAGCUCUCCAAUGGGCACUGUCUCACACAGUUCAGAGCCAGGACAUCAUGAUACUGUUGCACGUGACGAAACCGGCUCAACAAGGAACCUGUGAAGAGUGUAACAAGGAGACAGCUCCAAGGGCUUAUCAGCUUGUUCAGUCCCUGAAGAAUAUGUGCCAGUUGAAGAGACCUGAGGUGCAAAUUGAGACGGUGUUAGUGCAAGGUAAAGAGAAGGGUCCAAAGAUUCUGGAGGAGGCAAGAAAGAGUGGAGCAUCCCUGCUGGUGUUGGGCCAAAAGAAGAGGUCAAUAAGCUGGAGAUUGCUGAUGAUGUGGGUCGGAGGGAACCGAAUGGGCAGCGCCGGCGGAGGAGUCGUGGAGUACUGCAUCCAAAACGCCGAGUGCAUGGCCAUUGCCGUGAGGAGGAAGAGCAAGAAGCUCGGCGGCUACUUGAUCACCACCAAGCGCCAGAAGGAUUUCUGGCUCCUUGCUUGAAUCAAAUCUUCCUAUUUUAAGCUGUUUUCGGGUCCUUGAUGUUGAAAUCGCCUCACAUCUGAUGACACGGUGCAUGUGAAGGUCCUUUCUUCUUUUUCUACCCCCAAUUCAUAUUCUCUGUACAUACUAAAGUCAUCAAAACACGGACCAUGUUCCAGUCUCGGAGGGUGUUCAGAGAAAAAGGGUUGCGGAUUCUUCUCUUUGAUGGCCAAAUCUGAAUUUGUAGAGAAUAUACUUUCCCA